AUGCUUUUGAAUAAACUUCCGGGAGAAACAUUCACUUAUAACUCAAUUGACAGUAAUGUUGAUGAUCAGGAUAGUGUUAACUACGCCGUCGAAUUUUUGAAUUCACUAGAAUCACCAUGUACAGCUCUUCAUUGUCUUCAGCUGAAACAAGGAACUCCUAUUAUGCUAUUGCAUAAUUUGUCUCAACCAAAAUUAUGCAAUGGGUCAAGAUUAAUUGAGCACAAACUCAUGAGGAACUGCACUGAGGCAAAUAUUCUCACUGGUUGUGGUAAAGAUGAGACCGUCUUCACUCCUCGCAUACCAGUUAUACCAUCUAAUGUCCCAUUCCAAUUUAAGCGAUUACAGUUUCCUAUCCGUGUUUCUUUUGCCAUGGCCAUUAAUAAAAGUCAGAGCCAAACACUAAAACUUGCUGGAUUGCAACUUGAACAACCAUGCUUUUCACACGGUUAA